AUUACAUCUAUCCAUUGAGUACAGCUGGACAGACAGCAUGACGACAGGCCACAGGAACAACAUCAACGAUAUCUACGCAGCAGAUGACCCGCGUCUCGUCCACUUCCCUUCGCGUCGUUCCGUCGUUCAUUCCUCCAAAGGCAUGGUCAGCUCAACCCAACCCCUUGCAAACGAAGCCGGCUACAAGAUCCUCGCUGCUGGUGGGAAUGCAGCAGAUGCAGCGGUAGCCAUUGCUUCUGCCCUGAAUGUAACGGAGCCCUCAUCAACAGGUAUCGGCGGUGACAUGUUUUGUCUCUACUAUGAUGGCAAGACCCAGCAAAUCAAAGCCCUGAAUGGCUCAGGACGCUCGCCUGCUGCAUUAUCUCUCGAGAAGCUGCGUGAGCUUGGUGUCGAAGGUUCAGAAUUAGCGUUCGAUUCUAUUCACUCCGUGACCGUGCCUGGUGCCUGUGCAGGCUGGUUCGAUACCCUCGAAUUGUUUGGCAGCAAGAAAGUGGAUAUGAAGCAAGUCCUUGCACCGGCCAUUGACCUUGCACGCAAUGGAUUCCCCGUGAGCGAGAUUUCAGCCUAUCAAUGGGAGAACUCUGAGAACUUCAUCAAAAAGGCAUCCCCAAAUGGUCAUGAAAUCCUCAGCAAAACGAGAGAGGGUCAUGCUCCGCGAGCUGGAGAAAUCAUGAGAAACCCAACACUGGCAGAUACAUUCGAGACGAUUGCCACAGAGGGAAAAGAUGCAUUCUACAAAGGCCGUAUUGCAGAAUCCAUCAUUGAGCUCGUGACGUCUCUAGGUGGUCUUAUGACGAUGGAGGAUUUGGCCAACCACACAUCUACACCAUGCGACCCCAUCUCAACAGAAUACAACGGCUUGAAUGUCUGGGAGCACCCGCCCAAUGGGCAAGGUAUCAUUGCGCUCAUUUGUUUGGGUCUGCUGCGAGAGAUGCAAGAGAGUGGACAAAUCAAGUCACUCAGUGAAAUGGAGCACAACUCGCCAGAGUACCUCCAUGUUAUUAUCGAAUGCCUACGUCUAGCUUUUGCAGAUGGACGAUACUACGUUACUGACCCACGAUUCAUGAAAGUCACACCAGAAGAACUUUUGUCGCCAGCGUACUUGCGCCAACGCGCAAAGAUUUUCAAUCAGGAGAAACGCGCAGACAUUGAACAUGGCUCACCGGCAAAUUCGAGCGACACCGUGUACUUCUCAGUCGUUGACAAGGACGGUAAUGCUUGUAGCUUCAUCAUCUCGAAUUACGCGGGAUUCGGCCAUGCCAGUGUUCCUCGAGGCUGCGGCUUCACAAUGCAGAAUCGUGGCUGCAACUUUGUGUUGCGGGAAGGUCAUCCCAAUGCGCUCGCAGGUGGCAAACGUCCCUACCAUACAAUUGUACCGGCAAUGGUGACCCGUGCAGAUGGUUCCUUGUGGGCGAGUUUCGCUUGUAUGGGCGCGUGGAUGCAGAUGCCAGGACAGGUUCAAAUUCUGGCGAAUAUACUGCAUCAUAAAAUGACGCCGCAGGCAGCACUCGAUGCGCCUCGUGUAUGUCUCGGUGUUGCAGUUGAGAAUGACGAUGGUCUGAUCGAGUCCAAGGUUUACUUGGAAGAAGGCAUACCGGAAGCGACUGUGGAAGGACUCAAGAAGCUCGGUCACAACGUCGAGGUGGUGGAAGGUUGGCAUCGAGGUCUCUUUGGCAGAGCACAGAUUAUUCGCCGGCAUGUAGAUGCUGAUGGCACUGCUGUCCUGAGUGGUGGAAGUGACCCGAGAGGUGAUGGCGCAUCGCUCCCUUGUCCAUAAAAUGCAAUUAGAGUGCACGUCGAUCUAGAAGACAAAUGGGUAUAUUCAUGG